CCGUUUUCCGGGAAACGUGCACGUUGUGAAGUGGAGCGCUUCUUGACGCGAGUCACCUUAUAGUGUACAGUGACAUCGGUCAUGAGGACCUCGAUGUCAGGAAUGCAAAGCUGGAAUAAAUGCAGAAAGCUGUGUUGCAGGGCAGGUCUGCGCGGCGUGGUGCCUGCAGGCACGCGUUGCAGAGUUCGCCCUUUCCGUCGCCGGGAAGAUGCAAGCGCAGGACGUGCUGCGGGGCCUGCGGCUCCCCGAGCUCGACGACCUGGGCCAGCUCUUCCGCAGCGUGCCGGCCACCGCGCUGGUGGGCCUGGGCGCCUUCGCCGCCGUGGUGGCCUACUGGUUCGCCAGCCGGCCCAAGGCGGUGAAGCCGCCCUGCGACCUCUCCAGGCAGUCGGCAGAAGUGGAGGGCUUGGACGGCGCGCGGAGGUCCGUGAUAGGCGACAGCGCCCAGCUGCUCACUCACUACUACGACGAUGCGAGAACCAUGUAUGAGGUCUUCAGGAGAGGGUUUAACAUAUCCGAAAACGGCCCCUGUCUGGGAUUCAGGAAACCCAAGCAGCCCUACCAGUGGCUGUCCUAUAAGGAGGUUUCUGAAAGAGCAGAAGCUUUGGGUUCGGGCUUGCUUCAGCAGGGAUGUAAACCCUCCACGGAGCAGUUCAUCGGGGUCUUUGCUCAAAACCGCCCCGAGUGGAUCAUUUCCGAGCUGGCCUGCUACACUUACUCCAUGGUGGUGGUUCCCCUGUACGACACCUUGGGUCCUGGAGCCAUCCGUUACAUUGUCAACACAGCGGACAUUUCCACGGUCAUCUGUGACAAGCCGGAGAAGGCCCGGGUCCUCCUCGACCACGUGGAGAGGAGGGAGACGCCGGGGCUCAGCUCCAUCAUCCUGAUGGACCCCUUCGAGAAGGACCUGCGGGAGAGGGGGGCCCGCUGCGGGGUCCGCAUCCAGGCCAUGCGCGACGUGGAGGAGUGUGGCCGAGGGAGUCGACACGUUCCCGUGCCUCCUCGACCCGAAGAUCUGUCAAUCGUCUGUUUUACUAGUGGCACUACAGGCAACCCCAAAGGCGCCAUGCUGACCCACGGCAACGUGGUUGCUGACUUCUCGGGCUUUCUCAAAGUGACAGAGAGUCACUGGGCUCCGACUUGUGCGGAUGUGCACAUAUCCUAUUUGCCUUUAGCACACAUGUUUGAGCGAAUGGUGCAGUCCGUCGUGUACUGCCACGGCGGGCGAAUCGGCUUCUUCCAAGGGGACAUCCGUCUGCUGUCGGACGACAUGAAGGCGCUGCGCCCGACCAUCUUCCCCGUCGUGCCGCGGCUGUUGAACAGGAUGUACGACAAGAUCUUCAGCCAGGCGGACACCUCGCUCAAACGCUGGAUGCUGGAGUUUGCCGCGAGGCGGAAAAAGGCCGAAGUGCGCAGCGGGAUCAUUCGCAACGACAGCUUGUGGGACAAACUCUUCUUCAAUAAAAUACAGGCGAGCCUCGGCGGCUGCGUCCGCAUGAUCGUGACGGGCGCUGCGCCCGCCUCGCCGGCCGUGCUGGGCUUCCUCCGCGCCGCGCUCGGCUGCCAGGUCUAUGAGGGUUACGGGCAGACGGAGUGCACCGCCGGCUGCACCUUCACCACCCCCGGCGACUGGACGUCAGGUCACGUCGGAGCCCCUUUGCCCUGUAACUUGAUCAGACUGAAGGAUGUGGAAGAGCUGAAUUACUUUGCUUCCAAAGGCGAAGGAGAGAUAUGUGUGAAAGGACCAAACGUUUUCAAAGGUUAUCUGAAAGACGAGGAGAAGACAACCGAAGCGUUGGACGAGGAAGGCUGGCUUCACACGGGAGACAUUGGGAAAUGGUUGCCCAAUGGGACUCUUAAAAUUAUCGAUCGGAAAAAGCAUAUAUUUAAGCUCGCUCAGGGAGAAUAUAUUGCACCGGAGAAGAUCGAGAAUAUCUAUAUCCGCAGUGACCCUGUUGCCCAGAUAUAUGUCCACGGAGACAGCUUGCAGGCCUUUCUGGUAGGAAUCGUGGUGCCCGACUCGGAAGUGAUGCCAGGCUGGGCCAAGAAGAGGGGGUUUGAUGGGGCGUAUGCAGAGCUCUGCAGAAAUAAGGAAGUGCAGCAAGCAAUAAUGGAAGAUAUGGUCCGGUUAGGUAAGGAGAGCGGACUGCACUCCUUCGAGCAGGUCAAAGCCAUUUACAUUCACUCCGAUAUGUUCUCGGUGCAGAACGGUUUGUUGACGCCUACGUUAAAGGCUAAGAGGCCAGAACUGAGGGAUUACUUCAAAAGACAAAUCGAAGAGCUGUAUUCAAGCAUCUCCAUCUGAAGCCGCGGGAGGACCCCUCGGACGGGCGGGCUUGCUAGCAACCCCACAGUAACACUCGAAGUACAGAGCCAGACCGGCACAGCCGAAAUGGAGAAGCACCUGAAUCUCACAUUCGAGCCUUUCGUUGUUCCGGGAUUUCACCACUAACCAUAAUUUUCGUUUUCCUCCUUUUUUCAUCAGGUGUUGGAUACAGGCUCUUUUUACUCUAUGUACACACUAGGAGACUACUAAAAAUUAUGUUCAAUACCCACAAAAACACACAGAAAUUUCAGUCCAUGACCGAGUAAAUUAUGGAAACUUAUUAACUACAAAUGUUUCUGAUUAAACAGAGAAAAGAAUUUUGGGUAUGUCUGUUGGUAUUUGAUUGUAUAUAACUUAAUAGAUUAGGGACUAAAAUUGUGAUAAUUCAAUAAUGUGGUCUACCUCAAACAAUCAGCGAUUGAUGGUGAAAGUCUAUUUUCCCUGAUCUGGAACUUCAAGCUGGAUAUUGGUUUAUAUAUUAAGUGUUAGUUUUUAUAUGCUGCAGAAUAUAAAUUACAUUGAUUUGAUUUAAUCAUUAAUGACCUAACCAACAACCAGAAUAGAAAUAGGAACAGAUCUCCUGGUAUUUGUACUUAAUAGGCCUCUUGGUAUGUUAUACUUAAAGGGAAAGGUCAGAUUAGUAUUCCCUGGAAAUGACAAAAGCGUGUUAGGAAGCCCUAGGCUAGAAUUCCCUCUAUUUGCUUUCCAGGCGGACUCGGUUGAUACGUGGCUCGCUGGGUUUUCGUUAGGGCCACGCACGGGCACCAGCACCGCUCAGCCUGGGAAGGUUGCUAAAGCAUUGCCGGCCCUGUAGCAGCUUCCUGGGGGAGUUCAAAAAAACAAAAAAAACGCACCAGAGAGCGAGCGUGCAAACGUGUCCACACUAACCCGUCUGCUCCCCGUCCCUCCGUUGUCACUCAACGUGCUGCUAGGACUGGGUAGCCCAGUCGGACUCGCUCCCUUCCAGAGACGGCGGUAAAGAAAAGAAGCACAACGCAAUUUUGAAUGGGGCUUAGCAAACCGAGUUUAUUUUGGAGAAAGGCUGGCCUGCAGCCUGCUGAAAUGCAGCCGUGGAGGGCAUCCGUCGGGUAGCUGCGAAGAGCACGGACGGUUCCUGCACAAGGCCCGGGGUGGGAGGAAGGCUUCGUCACCCAUUUCCAUUGCAAGGUGUCACGGGGCGGCGAGAGCUUGGACGUGACUGCAGAAAGGCCUCCAAAGACCACGUCUCUGCGUUUGGACAUCGGCAGCCUCAGCUCCCGCUGCCGCCGCUUCCACUGGCCUCUUUGGAUAAAGAGCAAUGAGGCCAGAUGAAACCGCAGAUUUCAGAGCCAGCGAAGCCACUGGGAAGGGCCAAGUCCCCGGUGGGACGGAGCAGGCUCCAGCAGCCUGUCCUGACGUGAAGCGUGGUGCAACAAAGUGAGAAAACUGGAGAAGUCAGGUAGCUUGAAUAUCUGGACUGUCGGUGGCCUCCUCCUGCUCAACAGGGUCCUAAAUGUAUAUGUAUAUUUUAAUAGCUGCUGUUUGUUGCACCGGUGCAUACUAGCAUGGAGCUGUGCCUGCUAGAUCUUCUUUGCUAGGGCAGAGAAAGCACACUUACCUUCUUAGACUGGAAUCCACUGUAGACCUUUGAAGCUAAAAGAUUAAAUUAUUAAUCUAAAUUAUCCCUUAUUUUCCCUCUGAAAUGGCAUUGCAUGCUUUAAAAAAUGAAAUAAAUUGAACUAAUGUGUUAGUUUUACACAGAGGCUGAUUUAUUGCAGUAAUUUCAGAACAAAAUGAUACAAAGGAAACUUGUUAAUAUCAUCACUCACAUAAAGGAUGUGGUGAUUGAUUAAUCAAAUGUGAAAGUGUUGGUCUGAAUCCCUUUUACGCCUGAUUUUUCAUUUUUCUUCCUGUGUAAUCAUUCUUAUCAGUCCAAAGCAAGUAAGAAAUACCAUUACUGUGAUCUGAUGGUAUCUCACACCCAUUUUUCACUGAUGCAGACAGCGACAGGUUCACUGGGGGAAUUUGAGUGUCACAUCUACAGAGGAUACGAAUUACUGUUGCCAGCUCCAGAAUCUGGCUCUUUAGGUCAAGUCGUAAAGGAUUUUCAUCUUUGAGGAGUCUCAUUCAUCUCGUUUUUGUGUCAGCCAAAAGACGGUCAUUGCAUACGAACGCGUCAAAGCAAUGAGGAAUUAGAUGCAGUGCACUUUCUUGCCUGUUUUAAUGGAACUUACUUAAAAAAAAAAAAGUAACUAUUUAAAUAAAUAUAAAAAGCUAUUUUCCACGGACCCUUUUCAUGACCACAUGAAUUUAAUUUACUUUUCUCCUAAGGUGAUUUCAGUUUACCAGACCUUUCUACAUAACAGAACUGUAACUUUGUGUAAGUAUAGAAGAUCCUAAUAUGAGUUUACUUAUGGAUGGGUUGGCUCUUUAUUUUUUAAGUAUAUAAUGCUGUUUUGUUAAUGAAUAACAUAUCUGUAGGCCUCUUUUGUAUUCGACGCAAAAUAUCAGAUGUACUAGAGCUAAUGAUGUGAACACCAAAAGAACAGGAGAAAAAAAAAAGGAAUUGAUCACACUAGGAUGCUACCAAAUUUGGGAGAAAUUGUUUCAAUUGUCACGCCAAAAGUGUGAGUAUUUCCAGAUCUUGUGGGAAGCUGUAUGAAUAAAUGAAAGCUGUCUCUGAUACUUUCUUGUGCGAUCAGAUUUUCCACUGAAGAUCAGUCUCUGUCUCCAAAACCAUAACAAUGUUGUAAGAGAUUAAAACUUGACAUGAGUAUAUGGGUAGGGAAUUAUUUAAUGAGCUAGGCACAAACAUGCCUCUCCUCAAAGUCCAGGAAUAUUGUCUUGCUUUGACUUUUCUUAAACUUAUAUACUUAUUGUGACCACCACAGAAAAUCCCCAGCGUUGUCCAAUAACAAGUUUGUUUUUUCUCAAGGUAACUAGUUACAAGAUUUUUUAAUAUAUGUAUUUGUCUUUGAAAGAUUCACGACUCGAGUGCCAUUGCAUUAAUGGCAACGCAAGUUUCCCUUCUCUGUAAACAGACCUAUUCUUGAUGGCUUAAAAAUGACUGUUUCUAACUAACCACUACCAGGCAGGGGUUCGUUCUGCUAUCAAGAAAAUGAGGAAACACAGCAAGCCCACAGAAAUCAGAAGCUCUCAGUCCUGCUGUGGGUGGACUCUGCGCGUGGUCAGGGUUCGGAGCAGUCCUGUACCGCUGCCGCAGAAGGCAAUGUAUUGAGUAUGCCGCAGUCAGUGAUUUAUUAUAUCUCUUACCUAUUCGAAAUGGGAGAUUCUUCCUGGGCCUGGUGCUGUGCCUUUGAACUCACUGGAAGACGGUCUCCAGUGCUCGUAUAUGAAAACCAGAUAAAAUGCAUCCUCCAGGAAGAGACUAAUUGCUCAGUUAUAUACUUUGUUUGUUCUUCACUCAAUAUAUGUUGCACAGACAAAAUACCACUCUGCCACAGAAAUGGUCAAAGACACACAAAAGGGUGAACACAAAUCAUACACAAAACCAGUAUUGGGUCUUAACCCCCUGUUGGCAGGAAAUAUAUGGGAUUUUUCUGUACUGAAAAGUACAUGUGCAGGUUAAAAUAGUUGAUAUACAUCAGAUGAGAGAUGGUGAGUUCUUUAUUGAUAAAGUACUAUUUCACAAUCUAUCAUCACUGUUAAUAAGUAUGUAUCAGCACCAGUAAUGUCCAGUGUCAUUUUUGCCAUAGAUAUAAUUUUGUUGCAUAUAGCAGAAAAAAAUUUGACUUAAUCUGGAAUGAAACAAGUUAACUAUAGGAUUUUUAUUUGCCAUGUGUUAAAAGCACAAACCAGUGAUGUAUAUGUAAAUAAAUUGCUACAAGAUGAAUGUAAAUGGGGAAAGAAUAUACUAUUUUUGCAUGGUAACAGAUUACUUAAAGACCUCUUGAUGCCUUACAGAAGAUUUGGAAAAGCAUUUUAUUUAAAGGCAAUUCUGUCUGCGUAUCUUUUGUUUCUCUAGCUCACUUUGGUUUUGUCUAUGAAAAACAAAGAUAUCAGAAUUAGAGCUUUGUUUCUCCUUGGAAUUAACUUAUUAUUCAGUACUUUUCACAUUUAUAGGUUUCUGUGCUAUAUUUACUCCAGUUAAAUGAUGAAGCUGCGGCUAUUCAGCAGUUUGGAUGAGAAAUCUGGAAACUCGUAGUAAUUGGGAGGAAACAGUUUUAGAUCCCUGGAAUUGUUAAAUUUUUUCUGAGGCAUCCAGAGCCCCUUUAAGCCCUUCACUUUACUACAGCUUUUUGUUAUGUAUUUUAGCAAGUACAUGCAGCAAACUAAUGAGGCACUUUCCUACAGAUUGCCUAUUCUAUUUUCAACAGAAGGUGAAGGGGUUAAAAUAUAAUAUUUGUGUAAAAAAAAAACUUAAUUGUAAUUAAAGAUUUUUUCAGUUUUGGUAUAUUAGUGUGUAUAUCAAAAAGUCAUCUAUGGGGACUUUUGUAAAGACUUAAAUUGUCACAUUUCUCAAAACUGCUCCUAAAAAUAUUCUUGUCGACUGACAGACAAUAAAAUCUCUUUUAUAAAGUCCGUUGUUACUCCAGCAUCUGUCCACCCCGUCAGGAUGAAGUCGCCCAGAACGCGUGCCUAUAUGCAACACGCUGUAGAAAACCAAGUUAAAUAAAAUAACGACCAAAGGACUAUUGGAAGCGGAGAUCCAUUUUAGCAGUCUUCUGCAAAUAAAUCGUUUCACAGUUCGCCGGAGAUCGCCGCGCAGCAGUCUUUCUGAAAUGGUUUCAGUUCUCAUUUUAAAGCAGUAAUAAUAUAACCAAACACAUAUGCUUGUUUAAUAUGAUUUGACAACUGGGAAUGCAUAGUAUUUUUUCAGACUAUGUACCUAAAACAAUAAAACCUAAAAGCGUUCA